AUGAUCAAUGUUAAAUUAAUUAUUUUGAUAUUUUCUCAAUGCUUAUGUUCAAUUCAUAGUCAGUGUAUUAUCAUUGGUCUUAUUCCAUGUAAUCAAAUUCCUGUAAAAUGUCUUGAUUGUUCAUUGUCAAAUGAUUGUACUUAUGGUGAACAAAUAUCAAGUACAUGUCGAAUGUUAAAUGGUACAUGUUUAAAUAAUAUACGUAAACCUGUACAAUCAUUUAAACGUUUGUAUAUAUGUCGAUAUUGUUAUCAAACAUCACUGGAUGAAUUAACUUGUACACCAAAUCUUGCCUGUCGCCAUCAUCAAAAUUCGAAUCGUUAUAAAUCAAAUUGUACAAUUACGGAUGAUACACAAUUAUGUUUAGGACAAAGAAAAUUCUAUCGAAAUAUACAAUGUAAUUGGACAAGUGGACGAAAAAAAUCCAAUGCUUUAUUAUCAAGUAUAUUUUUGGGUGGUCUUGGUUUUGAUCGAUUUUAUUUAGGACAUAUUAAAGAAGGUUUCGGUAAGAUCUUUUCAUUUGGUGGUCUUGGUAUUUGGACAUUGAUUGAUGCGGUGCUUAUUGCCUGUGGGUAUUUAACACCUGAUGAUGGAUCAGUUUAUAUUGAAUAA